AUGUACGGUUUUAUUAUUUGUUUAUUAACAAUCAUGACAAUAGUAAAAGGAAACGUAUUCUUCAAUCGUAUCAAUCACAUGGAGUACUACAGGAACAGAACGAGGCCUUCCAAAGCCUUUCAUAGUUUUUCAACGAACUAUUUCAAUCAGAACUUGGUGUCGAAGCCGGGGAAAUCGGAGAGGGUGCAAUGUGGUACUAGAACUGUUGAUUUCAAUCCGAGAAGAACAGGGAAGAUUGUUGGCGGGACUGAAACGCCGUAUGGAGCUUUUCCUUGGCAGGUCGAGAUUCAAAUGUUGGACCACGAUAAGUUGGAGUUCGAGCACCACUGCGGGGGCGCUGUCAUCGGGGAGCGUCUAGUGCUAUCAGCUGCACAUUGUUUUGAUAAACAGCCCCUACAACUGGAUCACAUCAGGCUGGUGGUGGGAGAACACAGGCUGAAGUUCCAGGACAAACACGAGAACAGGUUCCUGGCUGAGAAGGUGGUGCUACAUCCGGAAUUCCGGAAAGAUGGUCCCCAUAGCAACGAUAUAGCGGUGGUACUAGUCUCGCGGUCCGGAUCAGGGAUGCAGUUCAAUAGCCACGUCCGGCCGAUAUGUCUGCCGGACAGCGGGGACGAGACCACCGGACAAUGGUGUGCUGUCAGCGGCUGGGGAUACCAGACAGAAAGUACAGAGAGCUUCGCUCCUGUCCUCAGAGCGGCCUCCGUGCCAGUAUUAGAUCUGGCAACUUGCAGGGCCAACCAGGUACUAGGUGGCCGACAACAAGCAAUAUUAGACUCAAUGUUAUGUGCCGGGAUCCUGGCGGGGGGCGUUGACGCAUGCCGCGGUGACUCUGGAGGUCCUCUAGCGUGUAUGUCUUCGAACAAAUGGCAGCUCCACGGGGUCGUAUCCUGGGGCUCUGGUUGCGCCAGGAGGUCACGACCUGGAGUCUACACCAGGGUCGCAUCUUACGUCGACUGGAUCAGAUACACUGCAGCAUCCCUGGGACAUAAGAUCGCUUAA